AUGGCAGAUUGGUCAUCCGUGGCGCAAGCUAUUGCGAUCGUUUGUGCUGGAUGGAGCACAUUUGUCUAUGCAGUGCAAUCCAUUGGUAUCGUCAGAAUCUUCCUCUCGUACUCGUCUCGCCUGCGACCCGCCGUCUCCCCCUCUCUGAGCAAAGAAGAUGUACCGCACAUCACCAUCAUCCGUCCUGUCAAGGGUCUUGAGCAUGGUCUCUAUGAGUGCAUAGCAUCCUCGUUCAGACAAGACUACCCGCGCGACAAGCUGACGAUCCACCUCUGCGUGGCCGAAAAGAGCGAUCCGGCGUACCCCGUCUUAGUGAAGAUAGUACAGGAUUUCCCUGGUUUCGAUGCUCGAGUCUUGGUUGAGGAGGAAGAUCCGCUACUGCAUGGCACUGAUGGCCACAUCGACAACCUGGGCCCAAACCCAAAGAUCAGAAACAUCAGUCGCGCAUAUCGAGAAGCCAAAGGAGACAUCAUCUGGGUCAUGGACUGCAACAUCUGGGUUGCCAAGGGCGUGGCUGGUCGGAUGGUUGACAAGCUGUUGGGAUACGGGCCGGAUGGUAAACAAGUCAGGCCGUACAAGUUUGUACAUCUUCUGCCAAUCGUCGUCGAUACGGUGUCUCGAGGAGACGUUUCAUCAGAGACGCAGACGCUCCUAUAUUCAACCCCCGACUCUAGCUCCUCGCAACACAUCACCGGCAAAGGCCAAAGUGUUUCGUUCCUCGAGUAUGCGAAGAGCCAAGGCGGAGGCCGACUCGAUGAGAUGUUCAUGGCCACAAGUCACGCCAAGUUUUACAGCGCGAUCAACACCGUUGGCGUAGCCCCUUGCGCCGUCGGCAAGAGCAACAUGUUUCGCAAAUCGCAUCUGGACACCGUAACGGACCCAGCCCAAAACCCGAUAUUACCCAACAAGAACCUACCUAAGGGCAUCAACUACUUCUCCGAGUACAUCUGCGAGGAUCACCUGAUUGGCGAUCUAUUGUGGAAGUCGAGUCUGCCGGGCAUGAAGAACCACGGACUCGUCAUGGGCGACCUUGCAGUUCAACCAAUGGCCGGCAUGUCCGUACACGCAUACUUUGCCCGCCGCGCUCGAUGGCUUCGUGCGCGCAAGUGGACCGUUCUCGCCGCCACUUUGGUCGAGCCUGGUGUUGAGAGCCUGACCUGUUGCGGCUACUUUGCUUUCGCUGUUACCACUCUCCCUUGGUUCCACAGCACCUUUGGAACAUCGCAGACUUGGGGCGCCUUUGGCCUCUACUGGACGGCUUUCACAACUAUCUGGAUGGCGUGUGAUUGGUUCACAUACAACCGCCUCCAUGCUGGGUACACUGUUGAAGUGGACGAGAACACGCCAAAGUUUGCCAGGGGCACCGCGACACCUGGUGGAGCACCUCCGAGGUCCUUCUUGGAAUGGCUGCCCGCGUGGCUCGGAAGAGAGUUUCUGGCCCUUCCCAUUUGGGUUUGGGCUGUUUUCUGCGGCUCUACGGUGAACUGGAGAGGCCGAACCUUCAACGUUCGGUCGGACAUGAGCGUUGUCGAAGUCGGCUCCCAGUCAUUAGCCCCGUCUCAAGAGGCUAGCCAAAGGUCUAGAAGCAAGGACCGUUUGGAUUAA